ACGAGACACAACAGUAUCACAUUAUUUUCACAUUCCUCUUGCUUCUCAAAACCUACCUGUAUUCUCUCACUCAUAAUUUUGUUCUUCUUUUAAUUUGAUUUCAUUAUUUAUUUCUCUUUCUUCUGCUUUGUAUCUCUCCCAGGCCAUAAUAUUAAUUAGUUGUCUCUCUGCGUUUGCAAUUUGUAAAUCAUCUCGUUGGAAUCCACAAUCCAAAUUUGCUUCUCUUCUCUCUUCUCUCUGAGAUCUGACGUCUUCUCCAGUGUGUAGAUCCGUCGGUGAUGCGCUUCAGUGAUGGCGAAUCUAGUGCCCGGUGUUUUGCUCAAGCUUCUCCAGCACAUGAACACCGACGUCAAAAUCGCCGGAGAACACAGGUCCUCUCUCUUACAAGUCGUCAGUAUCGUGCCUGCCCUAGCCGGAGGAGAGCUUUUCCCUAACCAGGGCUUCUAUCUCAAAGUCUCUGAUUCCUCUCACGCCACUUACGUCUCUCUUCCUGAUGAACACGAUGACUUGAUUCUUAGCGAUAAGCUCCAAUUAGGUCAGUUUAUCCAUGUCGAUAGGGUCGAAUCCUCCUCCCCUGUCCCGAUUCUCCGUGGUGUUAGGCCCAUUCCUGGUAGGCAUCCCUGUCUUGGCACUCCUGAAGAUAUCGUAGCUACUCACUCUCUAGGGUUCCUCACUGAUGACAAGGUUAGUGAUAAUGGUGCUGUUGGUAAUUGCAAUGGCUCAUUGAGUUCGAAACAGAAAGAGAGAGUUAAGGCAGCUUCCAAAGGAGGAGGAGUGGUUUCUAAUGGGAGUGGGAAUGAGGUUGAGAGACCACUAGGGAAUAGACUGAGCGUUAGCAUUUCUAGGGAAGAUUCUUCUGAGGGUAAGAAGCCGUCUGCUCUAUUCCGAGCGAAAUCUGCUAAAUCGGGUUUGAUUUUGGAUGUAAGGAAGGAAUCUUUGGGGAAGUUGAAGACUUCUUCAGGUUCAAAGUCAAUCCCUUCUUCCCCCACGAGCUGUUACUCACUGCCUACUUCUUUUGCAAAGUUUGCAAAUGGGAUUAAGCAGCAGCAGCAGGUGAAGCCAAAGGUAUUGGAGAAAGGUUCUCCUAGGAUGGGUUUAUCUGAGAAGGGACGGUCUCUUCUCAAAGUGGAGAGUCCGAAUGUCGGCAAAAAGCUUCCCAUGAUUAAGAACUUCGUGCAGGGGAUUGAGUUUGGAGCCAAGGCGUUGAGGAAAAGCUGGGAAGGGAAUUUAGAUAUCAGGAGUUCAGAUAGCACAAAAAUGAAGCUUGCCAAACGUGAUUCAACCCCUGAUGCACGAAGUUUAACAGCUCCGCGGAAAAGCACAUCAAGUGAGAAGUUGCCAAGCAAACAGGAGAGGGCUAAUGCAUUUGCAAAAUCAUCUAAGGAUCACAAUAAGAUUCAGUCAACCAAGAAAAUCGAGACAACCGGAAUAUUGGACACCAAAGAUAAAACGAGUAGACCGAAAUCUACGUCCGUGGAUAAGAAAUCUACUGCGGAGAAUGGAUUGCCUGGGAAUUUGGUCAAAGUCCCUGUUAAUGGUAAAAGAUUAGCGGCUGCCACUAUCCAAUGGGGUUCACUCCCUUCAUCUCUUUCGAGGCUAGGACAGGAAGUCUUGAGGCAUAGAGAUGCUGCUCAAGUUGUUGCUAUAGAGGCCAUGCAAGAAGCCUCUGCUUCGGAGAGCUUACUUCAAUGCCUCGUUAUGUACAACGAUCUUAUGUCAACGGCGAAGGAAGAUGAUCCAUUGCCAGUCGUCGAGCAGUUCUUGAAGCUCCAUUCCGGUUUGAGGAAUGUUCAGAAUAUAACAGAGUCACUGUCUAGAUUAAUUUCUGCGACAUCUUCCCCAGAAUAUGAAGAAAACAGAUCUGAGGAAGCUGUAAAAGCGGCAUCGGAAAAGCAGAAAUUGGCAGCCUCCUGGGUCCAAGCUGCAUUAAUCACUAACUUAUCGGCGUUCUCUGUCUACUCCAGCAAACCAGCCAAACCAGCCGCCUCCAGGAGCAAACCUGUGAUCAUAAUCGAGAACCCGGGUAAUAAUUCCAGCGGUAAAACCCGUGGGAAUGUCCAAAACCGGCCAACGAUUGGAUCUAAACUCGUGGCACAAGGCAUGAUCCGCAAACACAGGGAGAACAGUAGUAGCCAAAAGGCCACCACAGUAGCAGGAUCAGAGUCUCCACCGCUAAACUGGGUGAAAGGGAAUGGUCUGAACGAGGCAACUGAUCUGGCAGAGAAGUUGCAAAUGGUUUCUCAAGAUUGGUUUUUGGGUUUCGUAGAGAGAUUCUUGGACGCGGACGUGGUGGAGACAUCUUCGAAUCUGAAUCUGUCUGAUAACGGGCAGAUCGCAGGGAUGCUGUCGCAGCUGAAGAGCGUGAAUGAUUGGUUAGACGAGAUUGGGUCGAAAGAAGAUGGAGAAGGAUUACAAGAAGUCUCAAAGGAAACAAUCGAUCGAUUACGAAAGAAGAUCUACGAGUAUCUUCUCACACAUGUGGAGUCGGCAGCUGCAGCACUUGGUGGUGGUGGUGGUGGUGGCUCGGUCUCUUCUCCGAGACCCAAACCAAUCGAAACCAAAGCAAAAAGAUAAAUGAUGAAAGCUUUUUACUUGUUUUUUCUUUUUGUAUAUAUGAAAAUUGGCGGCCAAAUUCUUCUGUAUAAUUCCGACGUCACUAAGAUGAAGCUUACCGACAUGAAAUGUUGGUAUUUUUA